AUGUCCUCUCAACAGACCACUUACGACGAUGACAAUAUCACUCCUUCCGAAUUGGCGAAAGUGCCAGGUCUCACGGCUCAAGCAUUGCACAUUUUAUCACAACAAGAUCGUCAGAGCAUGGCGCUAGGCGACUUUACGGCCGAACUACGAGACCUGGAUAUCCGCGGAGUGGUCAUCGAUGAAGUCUUAACACAAAUGACAACUUAUUACGGAGCUCGUAUCUGGGUGUUGAAAAGGAACGGAGAGUUAUGGAUCAGUUUAGGGAAAUCUCAAUCGAACAAUCAGAAUACAGGAGGUGCCUUGGGUCUCGAUAUCGGUGAAGAUCAAUAG